UUACUUAGUUCAUCAAAGAACUUUGGAAUACACGCUCAGGAAAAAACCGACUAGCGCCCAGCAUGGCACGUUGCAGAAUCUUAAAGCUUCACACCUUUUUGCUGGCUUUAACAAUAGUUCUAACGAUGGCAGAUGAGGACAGGUCGAAUAAAUCGGCUGAGCGGAAAGAUGUGAUGCGAACCGCCCGAUGUGAGCACCACGAUCACGACGAAAAACCACCAUCGAAAUGGCUAGCAAAGUUCAAAAAAACCAAACUCUACGGCCCAUCGAAAUCCCAGCACCGACAAAAGACUCACUACGGACAACCUCAAGCACAUAUUCGACCGCCACCGCAAUACGUACGGACUCAGACGAAUUACAACAUUCCGUCCUUCCAUCCACCAGCUAUACCUCCGCCGACAUAUAACCCUCAUCUUCACAGCAGCAAUCCCAAUUAUGUUUUACCGCAGCAUUCUUAUUCUCCCGUGAAGAUUUAUAGUUCGCCCCCACAAGUUCAAAGUUUCAAUCCUCCAGCACAACACCUUCCACUUGCCCCAACCGAAGCACCUCCUUAUCCUCAAGAUCCGGAAGACUUUGAAGGCUACAGUCUUCAUGCACUUGUUCAUAACCCGCUAGUUCCUCAUUCACAAGUUCCGGUAUCCCCCGUGAACCUUUACGGUUAUCCCUCACAAGAACAGAAUUUCAAUCUUCCGGCACAGCACUCUCUACUUGUCUCCACCGAAGCACCGAUUCUUUCUACCUAUUACAGUAACGCUCCCUCUCAUCAAGAUCUUGGAGAUCCCAAAGAUUAUAGUUCUCCAACACCUGUUAUUAAUAAUCACCCACCGGUUCCGUUAUUUUCCGUGACAAAUACUCAUGAUGGCUAUCCUUCACAAGCGCAAAAUUUUAAUCUCCCGCCAGACUCUUCCACCGACGCACCGGUUCCUUCUACUCACACUAAUACUCCUUAUCGUCAAGAUCCUGUUGAACCGGAAAUUCCUACAGUGCCUGUUAAUAAUCCAUCAGCUUCUUAUUCUCCAUCACAAGUCCCGGUGUCGCCAGCGUCGUAUGUUCCACCUUCACCCAAUCACUUGGAGAUUCGGGAUCCCGAUCCUCCGGCGAUCACUCCUCCUGUUUCCACCGAAGCAACAGUCAAUCAAACUUCUUCUUAUGCCGGAAGUUAUGGUAUUCCAACAACGACCCCUUACUCACAGGAUGCUGCUAAAACAGAGAAAGUUCCUUACUCUUCACGACGUCCGAGUCGCCGUCCAUCAAAGGCUCCAACUUACGCUCCUUCAACCUAUUCCUCACCUGUCACUACUGAAAGGACGGCUUACACUUCUCCUUCGUACAGUGAUUUUGAAAAUCCUCCUGUUAGCAGUACGCCAGUAUUUUAUCCAUCGCCAGCUACUACAAGCUACGAUCCUUCAACUUACACUCCACCUGUCACUGAAGCCCCGGCCUAUUUUCCUCAUUACUUUGGUGAUGAUUUUGAUGCUCACUCUUUCGAUGAUCCUGAUCCUGAACCAGAACCUUUAGGAAAGCCAACUUUCUUCCCGAGUUACGACGAUUCACCGUUCUCGUACAAUAAUCCUUCUUUCUUCGAGGACUCCCAGAAUGUUUCUCCUCCAGUCUAUAGCGAAGAACCAUUUCGUAAAGCCAACAGCCGACCAUCGGCAGAAAUUCCUGAUUAUUACAGUAACGAAGAUGAGAAAGACGACGCUUGGAAAGACGAUGAGGAAGAAGAAUUUUUUCAGCAGCAGGGAAAGUUUCCCAGGUUUGAUGAGUUCGUUAAACAGAUGAUGAGCAUAGGUAGAAAGUAGAAUUUUGCCCACCGUUUUAUUAACGUCUGGUAACAGUAACGAAAAUUUACUGUUCGAUUAUUACCCGAAUCUUCCCAAAAUAUUCACUAUAUUGUAAAUUACUUUCUUUGACUGAAUUGACUCGUUCUCGUCAUCGUAUUUAAUAUUUAAAAUGUGUUAAAUAUACUAUAAUGUUUAUAUCGUCCAGAUUUCAGUUUUCUUGUAUUGAACUGUCGAAUUUAGUAAAAAGUUGAUAUCGAUUGAGUUUCAAACAAUUUUUGUUCAGACUUUCCAGAUAUGCUUUGUUGUGAUCAAUAUUAAUUGGAAUUGAAUUUACCUUACAGUAGUCCAGGCAUCAUGUGUGAGCUGACCUAAAUUUCUAUUAAAGGGAAAGCAAUCGUGUUUUUACUUCUAUCGAAUUAUUGUGUGGAGUCAACGGCCAAGAUUAAAACAGAAAUGAAAUAAUAUGUGGAUAUUUUCACGCGAGAACAUAGUAUAUAGACUUUUGUCGUCCUGUAGAAUGCGAUGUCGUUAAAAGUAACUCAAGCAGCCGGAGCUAGUAUAUAAACGUUUUAUUUUUGUUUGUCCGUAUACUUGUGUCGUGGGGCUGUUCCCAGACCCUUUUCUCUUUUCCUUGUUUCCCUGUGACACUUUUUUUUUUUCUUUUUUUAAUAAACAGAAGCGUUUGGCUGGAUUUGGAAAAAAAUUUCACCGCUAGAUGCAAGUAGCCAUAAGCGCGCCUGGUAUUGAGGCCAUAAAUUGCCGUAUUGCCGGUAAAUGGAAUCGGUCCAUAGAUUCAGGGUAACCAGCCAUCGUUUUGUCCUCUCUUCUUUUUGCCAGCUGAGUUUCCUCAUUUAAUGGGUAACGCAGGGAUUUUACCGCCAUUACGUACUGUGCUCUCCAACCAACCAACCACCUUUUUAGUUCGCUCCCGACACAAGGACUGUGUGCCCUGUGACCAGGCUGAGCCCCAAAAAAGAAAAGUCGCACUGCUAAUUGCUUCAAAGGAAUUUAACAGAAGACAUCAUCGUGCUACUAGCAUUUAUACAAGUGUAUAGCUCUUGAGUCUCGAAUCGAAUUUCAACGUUAGGCCAAGCAACAUGAGACUGCACGGAUUUUCAAAGUUUCUAGCUCCUAUACUACUGGUUGUGUUAACUGUAGUGAUAGCCGACGACGGAACAUCACACGAUGCGAAUCUCUAUCAGUUUCUCGACUUUACGCGAGUGGAAAACAGCCAGCAGAAGAACGAGAAUCGUCAUUUCAAAUGGUUUGGUAAACUUCGACGAUCGAAUAAGAACCAAAAAUCAGUCGAACAAGUCAGCAGUCAGCCGGAAGAUGAGCAAUACGAGUCAGUCCCCAAACGUCCGCUUUUGCAAGCAGCUUUCAAAAUGGUGCCACUCAGCUUUCAUAAGCCUGGCAAAAAGUCGAAAGAAUCAACCUACAUUGUACUGCCACCACUGCCUUCCGCCAACCAGGCGAAAUCAGUUGGCUCGCAAGGGCCGCAUCAUCCAAUUUACAUAAGUAAGCAAGACACUGCCUUCCACCAACCUGGGCCACCGUAUAGUCAGACCCAAUCAGCCCCAACAGGUCCAGCUCAGAAUCCUCAGCCCAGCCCUUUUCCUCCUCAGCAAACACCCAACUACGACGCUCCCCCAAAUUCCCCAGUGUCACCGAAUGCGGAAAGCGAAUACCAUGAGGAAGCUGUCUCUCCUCCAGCCCACAGUGAUUCUCGCUAUUCGAAAUGGUUUAGAAAAUUGAAGCGAAGAAAGUCAAAUCAGCCCCAACCGGAGAAGCCGCAACACGAGCCGGAAACAUUUCAAGACAAGCCGCCCAAUCAAGCGUCUGGUGCUAUUCCAGAAACCAUCUUUUAUUAUCAAAAUGGGUCUCCCUACAAUAAACCAUCUGCCACCCCAAAUCAACCAGGAAAUGGCCAAUCUCCAACCUUUUUACGUCAGCCCCAAAUUGCAAAUGGCCCAUCACAGCCAGCUCCUGCCAGACCAGCAAACAUCCAACCGCAAUCAGCCCCACCAACGCACCCAGGAGUUUUCAGUUCUCAAAUCAACUUUGAUUCUCGAGAUAAUUUCCCUCAUUCUAUAACUGAAGUCCUAGAACAGCCUCCACCUUCCGGCAACUUGUACUCGAAAUUGAUUAAAAAAAUGAAGCGAAACAAAACUCAAAAACCUGAGCCAGUAAAGGUCGUCAGCCAAGCGGAACCGAUUUUCAGUCCAAUUCAAACAGAAAACAUUCCGCCAUCUGAUCCAGCACCUUACCGACCACUCCAAUCGCCCCCACAGCAGACUCCUCCGAGACCAGCAGCAGCUAACAUCGUAAAACCGCAAUCAACCGCAACAAAUCUGCCGUCAGAUCCAGCACUUUACCGGCGUCCCCAAUUGCCAUCGCAGCUAUCCCCUCCAGGACCAGCCAACAUCGUUAAACCGCAACCAACAGCAUCGCCAGUACCUCACAGCUCGCAUCAUCAGGCUCCUAACAAACCGGCUCGCCCAGAAGCGGCUACUCCUCCGGCAGGCAACUCUCUAACAAAACGUCCUCAGACUGUGACUGUUGAGAAGCAGCCUCUGUUUCCGGAGAGCGAAACUUUCUUUUCGUCAGCCAAUAGGCCCGACUUUGGCCCAACACCGUUUCAAAAGCAAACUGAAAAUAAAGGAACCAACGAAAGUUCCGAUGGAUUCUUCGAAUUCGGCAUUUUCCCAAACGCGAAUGAUUUUUUCGAACAAAAUUUUUCAGGAUAACAAGUUAUUGUUCCAUUUCGUUAUUAUGAUGGCUUCAAAGUUGCUCCAAAAAAGUGUGACAUGUAAUAGCUAAUUGUUCUAUACCUGUAUGGUGUAUAGCUCUUUACCUUCAGUAUGAUACUGCGCACAAAUUUCACGAUUUAAUUCAAAGCACCAAAGUAUUGUUAAUCAACCUGCCCCCCGACUAUCGCCAUUAUUUAAAGUGUGAUCACUUGUUAUGUUAAACCUCAUCUUGUACGGUUCAAUACACAUAAAACCAAUUCAAAAGUAAAAA